AUGCAUUCCUGUAUUGCAUUUGUUUCAAGACUGGGAAUACUUGUUUGUUUUGGUGUACUGAUAUUCGUCUACUCGGCAACAACAAGUACACUGCCUGGCACGGUAUUUUUUGUUUGCUGUGCUCUAAUGGUUGCUGCAUUGAUAAUAAAUGGGUAUGUUAACUGUAGAAAUGUACUGUACGAAAAUCAACGAUAUUUUGUUACAAACUCAUGGUACCUACAUUAA